AUCAAGGGGAGUAACUCUAUGGUGGAUUCUAUUUACCAACAAAUGGCACAAGACAGUAACGUGUGAAAAUGGAGCCCCUGUUUCCUGUUGAUGAGAAUUUGUACUACAAUGUCUCUCUUGUGUUUGUCCUGUAUCAGUGUAGUUUCCACAAUGCAACAUCAAGGAUAGAUGUUGAGGACCCAGAUGUGAUUCAAGUUGUGGAUGAGGAAGAUGAGGAUGUGUUUGAAACAGCAGCAUCAGAAUCAUCACUAUGGGGAAAAAUCCAGGGUUUCUUUAAAAGCCCGCAGGAUGAGACAGCUCGUUUAGAGAAGCAUGCUAUUGUCAUUGAGGAUGAAUGUGUUAAAGUUAUCAGUUUCAGUCAAGAACAAUCAUUCAGUGCAAAUGUAUUGCUGAACUGGACAUGUGUUGUUUUGGCAACCUGUGUCUUUGCCAUGUUAAUAUGGUUCCUUUCUUAUUGCAUAAUAAAAUGGAUGUAUAGAGGCAGGGAAAAACAAGACCAGUCAUUAUCCAGAGAGGAAGUAGCUGCUGAGGUAACUGAAGAUUUCCAGUUUUCACAGUAUGGUGUGAUGGAUGUUCUACAACCUGAUGUUGGGCUUCCACCACCAACAGAUGUAAAACCUGCUCCAAGUAAAUGUGCCAUGGCAUUAACCAUUAUAAAAACUGCAUCUAAUAAUGACAGCAUAAGAGUAAAUACAACAGAUACAAAAUAUUUCCUAACAUCUACAGUCGACAAGUUUCUCUGUGAACUGGAUAAAGCAUUGGGUAUCUCAUCCGAAUCCUUUCCAAACCAGCCAACAAGUAUGACUCCUAAUAUGGCUUCCAGUGCAUCAUCUGGUACCAUCAGUAACCUGGUAUCUCCAAGACUUGGUCGUCGCAGUACCUGGCGAAGACCAAGACAAGUCUCACCCUCACUGCCUCUUGGAGAUCUGAGUCUGAUUGGAAAUGACCAGCCUGCAAAGGAUAAACAUGCUUGGCAUGAAGUUGAAAGAAUGAAUACAAGGCUUGGUUGGUCAUCCAUGAAAACUGAUGACAUUGAUUUUGGAAACGUUGAAAACAGAAAUUUAAGAGAUGUUCUCACUUUUCACAUAAGGAACUGCCCAGUAAGCACUGAACAAUGGUUUGGUGCCUCUUUGAUUGUUAAUUACACAUUGUUGAUGCUAGAAAAAGAACUUCAGAAGGCUUCAGCUAGUUCAAGUGUUAGGUUUGUUGAAUUCAAAGGUAUAGGGAGUGUUGCCAAAGGUCUGAAAAUAUCUAAAGCUAAUCAGUUUGACACAGCUAUGAUCAUCCAGCCUUCAGAGUGUGUGCUUCACAAUGUGUUAUACCACAAUGUGUCUGAAGAUAUUCCAUCAGGGAAAGUGUUGUUGUCUGUGAAGGAUAUGAAACAGGAGAAGAAGCAGAAGCAAUACACAAAGAGGGCAUCUGUGUCAGACUCCAUUGGAAUCUACCUACUGCCGAAAGAAAUUCUGUCUCUGUGUAAGGAGUUGGUGGACCAAGCCAUUAAGAGGUUGAUGAACAGCAACAAGAGUCUUCUUGACAGACUUCCUUUCUCAAUCCGUAUUGCAGCUGAGGGUGAUUUGCAGCUAAUACUUGAUACAAGAAUGCUUCAUGGCCUUGGUCUUGGAAUACCAGAGAUUUGCAUCAGAUUGUGUCCUGCCAUUCCUUUGAUCAACUCGAGUGUGUCACUGCUGCCAACAGUGUAUGCAGUUACCCCUUGGGUUGUCAAACAGCAGGCAAGAAGACCAUCAAGCAGUUCCAUGAGGGUUUUCCGGGACAGGGUUGAAAGUCUUGAUCCUGAUCUGAUGUGGAACUUGUGUUUCUGUGAUCUGGAGUCUUCUUAUCUGGCUGCAAUGGACCAGAAGCUGCAGCUUGCAGGCAUCACAGGAUGUCACAAGAUCUGUCUUAGAAUCAUGAAAGCUUUGUUCACUAGCGGCUACAAGACAUCACUUCUCAGUCGGGGAGAGAUCCAAUCGUAUCAGCUGGAAACCAUUUUGUCCUUUCUCCUUCUAGAGAGUGCACCACAUAACUGGACAAUGGAGAAACUGGCUGAUAGGGUCUCGGACUGUGUGCACUUUCUUAGGUCUGCUUUACAGAGUAUGUGGCUGCCAAGUUUCUUCGUCCACAACCCCCAUCUGGAGAAGCAGAUGCCUGCCCUGAAGCUGUACCCUCUGUUGACUGGUGGCAGGCAGGACAACCUCCUGGCCAACAUGAAGCAGGAGACUGUGGCCAAGGUGCUCGACUUCAUAGAACAGAGGCUAGAGGAAGUCGGCCUUCAGAGUUGCAUAAAGGAUGAGUACUUGUCAGAGAUGUGGGAGUACGAGUUUUUCAUUUUUGGAUAAGAUCUGUUCAUCUUGAUAUUGAACAUCUUGAAUUUAAUCAUCCAGUUGCACAGUUUUCAAUGUUUUGAUCAUGAAUAGAGUAUCGAUAAGAAUAUUUUUGGCUUAUUUGUACUUGUCAAGAUGUUUACUUGACAAAAUUGACUUGCUUCUACUGUCAUGGAUGUGAUAAGAUAAAUAUGAAUAUUUAAUCGACAGUCUAAGUGCAUACCGGUACAUCACACUGAAGGAUGAUACAUAUGCAUGUAAGUUGUCAUCCUUCGCUUUUUGGCCUGAUUAUUAAUUUUAAACAUUGCCAAUUGAAAGUUUUAAUCUCUUUAGUUACAGUCGGUUUUAUUAUCGUGUUUGUUAGAUUGAUGAAUAUCUGUCAUGCCAAAAAUUGAACAAAUUAUUCAGAUAAUUAAGUUAUUUGUCAUGUUUAUUGUGUUAUGUGUACACAUUGUCCAUCAAAAAUUAUGUCUGCAAUCAGUUUGUUUAUGUUCUUAAGGAUGGUGAAUAUUUCCACCGAAGAAUGUUGUUGAUACCAAUGUAAUUUGAACAAUUUCUUCAGAUAUUAGUAUAGUUUGUUAUUAUGAUUAUGUGUUACGUAUACAUUCUAGAUAAUUACAUAGGUUAGAUCAUUCUACAUAAUUUCCAUAAUGUUUCCACAUUAUAGUUAGCAAAAGUUAUCCCCCUUGGAAUUAGAAAUGUUCUGAAUAUUUAUGUCUCCAAGCAGGAAUGAUCUGACAAAUAGAAAAAACUUUAGAACAUACUUAGUAAAAAUGAUGUUUCACUUGACUAUCUAGCCCAUUUAUUCACCAGAAAAUAGGUCAUUAAUUUAAUUUAAUUUUAAGCUGAUAUUUCAAAUAUAAUCAUGAUAAUAACAAAUUCUGAUAAUUACAAUCUUUCCAGUGUUUGUCCAAAUUUCAAAGCGUUACUAUGGUUAAUGCAGGAAGUGUUUUGUUUUAGGUGUGGUGUAAUGAUGCAUAGUUAGAUGUGUCUUUGUUUCAUAAAAAAAUGUUUUCUAGCAGGUUUCAGAAUGUUUGUGUCAGCCUAAAGAAGAAAUAAUUGUUGUAAAACGCUGGUUUGUGAUGCUUGUGGGUCUGUGCCAAAUUGUUUUUGCAAAGGUCUUACUUCUUCCAGCUGUAUCAAAGCAAACAAAGGUCUGUUGAGAACAUGUCACAGAUGUUUUCUGUUGUUGUAAUAUUGAAAACUAUUAUGCGAGAAUGUUUUUGUUAUUUAUUAUGUGAUUGUCCUAUCCAAGUGUAGCAUAAUGUAACUGAAUGUAUUUUUUACUUUACCUUCAUAAUGCUUUUUAAUCCUGUUGAUAUGUCUGUGAUUUUUGUAUAUAUUCAGAAAUGUUUGAAUUCCAGUGUUUUUUUGCUUUAAUAUACACAGGUGCUUGUUCAGAGGGAUUACCAAAGUUUCUAUUGUAGAUCUGGUGCUUCCAUUCUUUGUUAUAUAUCUAACAUUGCAUUUUUAUUGCAUCCUAUUUAUCUUAUCAAUUACUAAAAUGUGUUAAAUGUCACUACAAUUAUGUUACUUCUUUUAUCUUUUUCAUGUUUUUGUUUCUAUCAGUGGCUGUGUUUUCACUGUGGGCACAUGUGACUGAGUCUCUGGUGCAGCAAUUCGCUGUGUAGAGUUGCAUCCCUUAGGCAGUCAGGAGUCUGUGAGCUUGGUUUGAAUUGUGUGUCUAGGUUUGGCAGCACCAUGUUAUGGGUUUCAGUGAAGUGCAGAUAAUCAAGGGCAGGCCUUACUUCAGGCAGUUUAAACCAAACUCAUUAAAUCACUGUUAUUUCUCUGCAUGAUAAGUUACCCAAAACGUUCUUACAAUUCACGACCUAAGCUAACUUUAAAUACAUACAAAAUGUGAAGGAAUGCUUCAUUUUGCUGAAAUUCUUUAAUGAGUGAGUCAGCGAGUUUAGUUUUUGGUGGCACUAAGCUAUAUUCCAGCUGUAUGGCUGCAAUCUGUGAAUAAUCGAGUCUGGACCAGACAACCAGUGAUUAACAGCAUGAGCAUAGAUCUACACAAUUGGGAUAGGGUGUGUCAACCUAGUCACCCGAUCCUGUUAGUUGCCUCUUACAUCAAGCACCUCCUCUAUUGAGGGGCACAGUUGCAUCCCCAAAGCCUGUCAGAAUCACAUGAUGUUUUCUACAUACCCAAACUCACCAAGCUGGUAAUUGUCAAAGACCUGUAUCAGUUAUAUUCUGUGGAUAGUAUAGGUUUGAGCACAGUGAGAUAACCCAUUAAAAAAGGUCUUACUCAUGUCACAACUAAUAGCUUACUCAAGUUGUAUGUAGCCCACGUUCCUUCAAGUUGUUCAAAGGAACAGGAAUAAACUGUUGAAUUUACAAACAAA